AUGUCUCUGCCUUCCUACGCGGACUGGUUAUACCUCGACGAGGAUCUUUUAGAUAUAACGGACGAGGAGAUAGAGGAAGCGAGGGAUCGCUUGUCGGCCACCUCUAAAUCCGGAACCCAUUCGAACGAGGCAGUACCUUCACCGGGGUUCGGGGGCGGAGUUGGGACCGGGCGAGGAGACCCCCAGGUGCUGAGGGCAUGGAUGCAGGGUGUUUAUGCCAGGGCCAAUGAGGAAAUGAUUGACGAGAUGCUCGAGAACUUCAGGACCAACGAGCGCGAGCUGAUCGACGAGAUCCUCAAUAAUUACGGGCACUUGGGGAUCAGCCCGCCCACCGGUUGGUCACAUCCUCAGAUGGACUUCGACGACGGUUCUCCAGUCACCGCCGCUGAGCCCGGCACCAAGGGUGCUCCAUCGUCCAUUGGCAGCACAAACGGUUUCAGGGAAGGAGCAAAACCGGCAGCACCCUCGGUGCGGGCUUCCUCUUUUCCCCAUCUAUCGUCCGGGGCGUUGACGUCCAUGUCCACAUCUGGAGCUGGGUUCGGCGGCAGGCAUAACAGAGGCCUCCCACGAACCGGCUCUAUCGGCAGUGCUUGUCCUGCUGGAAACUUCACUAACAUGUCGAGUGCAAAAUGCGUGUUUUUUAGCGAGAUGUGCGAAAACAUCGUUUCCAACCCCAAAACUGGGAGCUGGUGUGCUUCCGGACACGCCCUUUGCGCUGAGUGUACCACCCAGUAUGUUGAAAAGACGCUCCUACCGUGGGGUAUCGUGUGGUGGGACAGGAUUAAGUGUGUGGAUCCGGAAUGUGACGCGCACAUGGUCGGCCUGAGUGUUCAGGGUUGUCUCGGUAGCGAUCUAAGGAGCCAUAUCGACGCUGCUCAGCUGGAGGUUGUGCCUAAUAUCGGGCCAGAAGCCAGGCGUGAACGAGAACGUGCGGCACGAACGGCCGAGGAUCGUGAAUCGGCGGCAACCGUAGCCACAACUACCAAACCGUGUCCGAAUUGUGGGGUGGCAACGGAGAAGAACGGCGGCUGCAAGCACAUUACAUGUACAUGCAGCCACGAAUAUUGUUGGGACUGUCGGAUGGCGUGGAAAUCGGGGCACCGAUGUGCCUGCGCACCACCUUAG